CCGCACAGCUGGUAGUAGCUCUCUUAGCGAUAGUCUCAGUACUCUCAGUCGCCGAGAGCCGGCGAGCCGGCAACACGGUUGCGUUGAAUCACCUCUACUUAUUCCAGCACAGCUGUUUUGUUGUUAAUUCCCAAGAGAAAAUAUCGUCACCGAGGUAAUCCAUCGAACAGCGAGCGCUAUACCAUAAAAAAAUCUCGAAUCUCGAGAAGAAGAACCACGGCAAUUCUGAACAACAAGUACUUUCAUUAUACAGAGCAGGCAGCGUGUGACUCAUCCUCUCACACUCACACAGAGUCGCGGCACGCGUACAUGGGCGUGUACGGGGACAACAAGUGAGCAGAGUCCGGCACUAGUACAUGGCAACAGGCGAGUAACUGCACUGCUACACCUAUACACGCAGACGUCCGCUAAAAGAGGGAGAGAGGAGAAAGAGAGAGAGAGAGAGAGAGAGAGAGAGAGAGAGAGAGAGGACCGUUUUUGCGAGGGACCAACUGAUCCAUGAGGUGUGUUAUCCGAGCGUCGGCUCACAUUCAUUAUAUCAAGUAUAAAACUAUCGCUGUGUAUACUGUUCACGAUUUUGUUAUUCUCUGCGACUUGUAUGUGUAUAUUGUAUAGCUUAUAUAGGUGCGAUUGUUUGUCGAGGAGUAGGCGGCGACUCUGUUUUUUCGUUCGCUAAUACUUAGCCGUGCGCUCGCGUGCGUGAGAGUGUGUGCGACCGCGAGAGAUAUUGUAAACAAGCCGCGCGAGCUGCUAUUAUUAGACACAAAGAGGCGAGUCGUCUUGCACUCGCGCGAGUUUCACGAAAAGUGCAUGGAUUUUUUAUUUUUUGCUUUCUCGUCGAAAAAUUCCGCUGCUGCUGCUUCUGUGUUACACAUCAGCGCAUAACCGAUUAUGCAGCGAGAGACCGACACGUGUUCUUUUUUCCUUUUGAGGAAACGAAUUUUCAGGGCUCAUUGUUUUUAAAAACAAGAUCCAGCACAAAAUUGACCGUUAUUAUUUGCGAGUGUAUUACGUGUGCGAGAGCGGCGAAUUAUCAGAAACCUGAUAAUGAGCACAUUAUCUGAAAUAUUUUUACCUUCGAGCUUUCAAAACAACUCGAUUACGCGACAUGCACACAUAUACUUAACGGGCACUUUUAAUCCUGUAUACACAACGUUUCGAGAACGAAUGUAAUGUAUUUCUCGAUCCAAUACGAGAGUGUCUUGUGGACUUGUGUAUACACCGGCUUUGAAAAUAUUGCAUAUACACAAUCGAGUAGCGAUAGCUGUAUCUUGACCAGCGUUAAUGUGGCUUUUCGAAUUAUCGGGAAAAAAUGAUAACGCGUAUACAUUUAUAUAGGUAUGUACAUAUACUUGAUACACGACUGCAGUGAAAGUUCUCUCGGCGCUGUUAACUUCGCGAAAAAUUUAACUUCUCCGUUCCCGCGUUUAUCAACGUGCGAUACUUUGAUAACGCUGCAGGAAUAUAAUUCGAAACACUUGCGCUUGCUAAAUUGUAUUACUCUGUGCAGGGCUAAAUUGAUUAUUUUCAACUUGGCUCUAAAAUAAGCUCUCGAGGAUAGACGUGAAAUAACGCGUUAUUUGUCAGCAAUUUAGAGACGAAUAUAUUUUUAUUUGAGCUUGAAAUAAGUAUGACGCUUAUUUUGAUAAAAUUUUUAACCAACUUUAUUUAUUGUUUCGUGUCUGAUUUUAGCCGUAGAUAAAAAAACGGUUUCAAUGUCAUUUGUAAUGUCUAUCGAAUGUUCGUUUGAAAAAGACAAUUAGCUUUAGCUUUUACCAGCAGUAGCAUACGAAAGGUUGAAACGAAGGUUAUUUUUCCAAAAGAAAUCUAUUUCUCGACUUCGAGCCGUCAACAACAACAACGUCGAAUUCCAGGCCUCCACUUGUCACCAUGUGCCGCAAUAACUUGUCACCGAUCCGAGUCUGUCGUGAGUAAUCACGGUCUCAUCGGAAAUAAAAAACGGUCGCGUUGACUUAGCUAACGUUAAUGCACACAUUGGACAUCGGAAGAAUCGGCAACAAAAGCCAGUUAAAAUAAUUUCGUGGAGAGGACUGACAGCUUCAUCAAGUACUACGAGGCUGCUGAGGGCUAAAAUUAAAUUAAUUUAGACGGGAACCUCUACCGAUUCUAGUCUGGUUGAACAAAAUUCAUCAACGACUUUGGAUUAUAUAUCGAUUGCAGAAGCAAUUAAGAAAGAUGCUAUAAGCAAGAGAAUUGAUCGGGAUAAAUAAGAUCUUGAACUUAAUUUAAGUGAGUUGGGAGACCACAACUAGCUUCACAAACCUGCCAAAGAAUGGACGUCUCACCCUAUCUAUCAGCAAUCCAGUCGCUGAGUGGAGAGAUUCCCGGCGAGAAAUACAAGGAUCUGCACACGAUCGCCGCACAGAUCAUCAAGAACGACAAAGAAAAGGCUGCCUUUCUCGACUCGGGUUCCACCAGCCGGAUCCAGCCGGCUCUUCUUCCACAUCUUCGCAUCCUCGUAGGCAACAAGCUAAAACUCGUCGACGUCGUGGUAGAGGCCCUAAAGUCCGACGAUGUGCUCAUCAUCAAACAGGCUCUCGGUGCGAAAUGGUUCUUCGAUGCCAAGAACGAGCACAUUAGCGUCGACUAUUUUGUCCAGAAUAUCGUACCGUAUAUCUCACUGCGCACGCGACUCGAGCUUACCAAGACACUGGCCCACUACCUGGUAGGUCACGACAAGAAGGCCGAUGAGUUUUUCGGAAAAUUUGCAGAUUUGUACGGAACGGAAAAGGCUCUGCCGCUUUUAGUCGCCUGUAGCGAGGAGUGUAUAUUUGACGUUGUACUAAAACGUAAAAUUGUCCUACCCCCCAGAAUUCUCAGCGUACUCUACCGAAGAUAUCCGCAGCUGGUGAUCCGCUAUUUACAGCUGGGCAAUGAUAACAACGAACACAACAAAGAGGAGCGAAAGCUGCACAAGAUCGAUCUGAGUCAGUACACCGGCUUCUUGCCAGCCCUAGUCAAGAACCACACGCAAGAAUUUGUCGAACUGUACGAAUGCUUACCAAGCCUCGGAUGCCACAUCAUUCGUCUGGGAAGCACGCGUGCCGAGUUUUUCUUGAAGAACGGCACAGAGCUUUUAAUAAAAAAGCCGAAGCGGCUACUUGAACUGCUACCUCUUAAGCUCGUCAGCAACAAGCUCAGCACGCAACAGUUUGAGACCAUGUUCGAAAACCUGUUUCCCAAAGACCAAGCUGACUUUGAUGCACAUUAUCUGAUCAGCCAGUUAUGCUGCUACCCGCAAGAGAAACAGUUCAAUUUGCUUGAGGAGAAGUACAAGCUACUGUAUGGCAAGAGCAUACUUGACAACAAGGAUUUCUACUUCGAAGAUUGGCUUUUUAAGUUGUUGCCCACGGAGAAAAAAGAAGAGUAUGCCAAAAGAAUGCUCGAGCCUCUGGUGGGUACGAACAAGUUCUUGGACAAACAGGAAUACUUGCCGCCCAGCGAGUCAAUACCUCUGCUUAAGGAACGCAUCAGCAAGGCAUCAUUAAACGAACGAAUGGUAUUAAUCCAGUAUAUGAUUAAUUCCUGCAGUUUUUACGACAGCAAAGACGAUCUUUUGGAGGUACUGCAAUACUAUAAUACCCGACACAAGAACGAGCGAUCCGAGGUGCUUUACGUGAUGUUGAAUACAUUGGUAGAGCAGGUCGAUAUCAAGACACUGCAAAAAGAGCACUGGCAGAUCCUCUGGGAAAUCAUCCAACGAGCUUACGUCAAGGGCGAGCUCUUUACCGAUGAGUACAUUUUAAUGUACAAACAACUGUUCAAUGGUGCAUUGCAUCACUUCUUGAAGCAGUGCAAAGUCGAAGAGACUAGGGACGAAGCAAAACUGUUUUUAGAUAAGCUCGUAGGGAUAGUGCUCGAUUGCUACUUAGAGCACAAAAUGACGCUACAGUUCAUGAAAGGCUGCGCUCCGGAGCUCAAGCGCGAAUGUUUACAAAAGUUUUUAACAGCUGUGCCGCUAAAGUAUCCGGAAACGCACGAGGUAUGGAACAAGUCGGACAACAAGCUGAAAUUCGUACCAUAUCUCGUAAGGUCAAUCCACGAAUUCAACGUUAAAAAUUUGUACACAGUAGAGACACAGAAGAAGAGAAGGAGCAAAUCCGGUGCCACAGUCACGGACUCUGAAGGCAACGAAAUAAAGCAGAGCAAAUUGAUGUUACGGGACUAUCCUUGGUUAUUAAAGUUGUCGGUAGACCUAAUUAAAGACAGCCAGAAGUGCUAUGUAUAUAAAAACAGAAUAAUUUACGCGUAUCAUAAAAGGACUUUGCGUCAACACGAUCGCGAGCUCUAUCAAAGCAUCAUAGAUAGUGACCCAGAAUUAAUAAACGACAUCGAGUCUUUCGACGCGAUGCACGUAUUGAAGUACGCGCACGGCAAGGUCCUCAGCAAGUGGAAGCUUUAUCUUGACGCCUGUCGAAAGAAACUUCACUUGAACAACAAGGCAGUGAUGUACUUUGUAACGGCAACCAAGUGGCACCAAAAACUACCAAUCGAAUUCGUCCAGCAGUGCUUGCUAGAUAUCAAGGAAAAAGGUAGCACUUUAGUGUUGGGUAUUCUUCUCGAGGGUGAUGCAUUCGGCAAAAUUGUACAGCCCUACCUACCAAAAGAUAAAGCUAUCGAUGUGGACAAUGAUGAUGCGAAGAAGACUUACGAAAUCAUCUCUUCGCUACCGAAGGCUAUGAACUUUUCCAACCCGCCAGUAAGCUUUGAAGUAAUAUCCGCCUUCUGUCAAGGCGACUACGUCAAACUAGCCACGCACACUUUAACGAGCGUAGCGCAGCGGGUCCCCGUCGACCGGGUCCUAACCUUUGCGAAUCAAUUGGUGGACAAGCCUAUAUCAGUUAGGAAAUUAAGCAUUCGAUUGGUUUUCCAGGUAUCGUCAAAGACCGAGUCCCGAGAGUUUCUUGCACGCAUUUGGAGCACCGAGAAAAACACCUCGAUUCGAGAGGUCUUGGCCAAAAUGAUAUUCGACGUGUUUACACAAACUCCCAAUGACGAGACCUGGCAGUUGAUCAAUGUAUGCAUCAAUGGGCUGACCAGAGACGACCAGGCAGUGUUCGGGGAUUUGAGCAAAAUCCAUGCCGUUGACAAGCAGUACAUUUGCCAAUAUAUACAAGAGUACUUGAAAAAGAUCGACUCUUUCGGAAAGGACGACGUCAGCGACGAUGUGAAAUCGAGGCUUAUUUGCAAGUUGGUGGAUCAAAUAAGCGUAAACAUUCUACAGUUUCUGACAGAAGAGUUGAUCACGGAUCUCGUGAAACGGGAGUUGUUUGAGUACUCUCAUAACUUUAUUCUGGAUAUCUAUCUUUUCUCCGAACCGAGUAUAUUUAACAAAAGAUUGAACACGCUCAUGGAAAUUGUUGGAAAAAAAUUCGAAGAUUAUGGGCAAUCGGAUCCGGAACAGCCUCGCAUUUACCCAACCAAUAACUUGAUUCGUAAGUUCUUUAAAAAAGUGUUCGACAAGGCAUUCACAAGAGAUGAAGAAGAGAUGCUCACUAAACUGACAAAUGCUUCCCUAAAUCUAAUUUCUACAAAACUAAAGCCAUGGCAAGACAUGAUUAUUUUUAUCUACGGAAAUCUUGCCAAAGAUUAUGUAGAGGCACCAACACUGGAGGAUUUUGGCGCCAAGUUGGUGAUUACCGCAGCACGACUUGUAAAGGAAUUUGGUAGCGAUCUUAUUCUGAAUAUUGUUUCUGAUUUACUAAAAGAUAAACUAUGUAAAUGGCGUAUAUCGAAGUCUGAAUGGAUGAACCGGACAUUUACUGUGAUGGAGAUUCUAACAGAAAGAAAUCCACGCCUCGGUGCUCUGCUUAGCAUUAAAAUGUUGAAUAAAUGGGAAUUGGACAACUAUGAUGAGAGAUACGAUGCGCUAGUCGAGAAAUGGGCGGCUAUUGAUGAUCCCAUGGUGCGAGCGACGCUAUACGACUUCCAGAACGAAAUUUGAGUGAAACUUUCAGAGUAGAAAAGAAGUUGUGGAAUCGCUCUACCUCGAACUGUGAAAAUUAAUAUAAUAUAACAGGAUAUUUCGUGCAGCACACAGUUAUUGAUGUUUUGCAUAAUAUUCUCAUACCAAGUGUUUGUUUAUUAUUAAGUUUAUUUUGUACCAAUAGUAAUAAACCACGUUGAAAAUAUUUUUAUUAAA